AUGGUUCGAUUGUCGAGCUCGCAAUCGAAUGACAACGAAUCGAAUCGCUUCCAACACGAGCUCAUCGCAUUGUUGCAGGAAGGAACCAAAAGCGAAUCGUUUCGAAUGGGCGAGGGUAGCGGCGACGACGGCUCGGCGGCGCCACCGGCUCCAUUCUCGACGACAACGACGACAACGAGCAAUUCGGCGACAACGACAACGUCGCCAUCGUCGCCGGUCGGCAUUGGCCUGUCAACCAGCUCGUCGCGAGCAACAACCGAAAAUGAUUGGAAGCAAUCGAGCGAUGAGUGCUUAUCCGAAUUAUGCAUUUUUCAUGUUCCUGAUAAACCAGUGUCGUCUGGUAAUUCCGGGGAACGCGCGAAAUGCUCGUUGCCAUUAAAUCUCGUCUUGCGACCUUCAUCGCGAGAUUCGAAGAAACUCUCGAUUUGGUCGAACGACUUCAUUCCGAGAGGUGCCCGUUUCGGACCAUUGGUCGGUGAGGUGCGUCUCGUCGAUGUUGAAUCAUCGAUAGUGUGUCCGGCCGAGGCGACGAUGGCCGGCCAACAGCAUCAGCUCGAGGUGCCGUUCGACGAUUUCCCCGAUGAGUGGAAGUUGUUCUCGCCGUCCGGCGGUCGUGUCACAAAAAUCGUGUCGGUCAUCGACGACUCGAAAUCGAAUUGGAUGAAGUACGUGUGCUCAGCCGACGAAGACGAAUCGCAGAAUCUCGUCGCCGCUCAGAUAGCCAAUGACAUUUAUUUCUAUUCGAUCAAAUCGAUCUCACCAAAUACGGAACUCUGCUUCUGGUUCAGUAGGGAUUACUCGCGGAAGCUCAAAUACCCAAGUUGUGCGAAGAUGCGAGUGAAAAAAUGUGGGCCUAGCAAAGAGAAAGAGGUUCAACCUGCUCCAGCUUCUCCAAUUGCCAUCGACUAUUCGAUCAAGAAGGAAGAGGAACUCACCACUGAUGCUUCGUCUCAGAGUGACAGCGAGUCGAUCAGUGAUGACAAUUCGAUCGAAGUCAAAGCCUGUACGAAGCCGAUAUCGGAAUUCUCUCGACCGAACGUCAUUCAAAAUCCGGUGGUUCGACCUGUGCCGACGAAGAUUCCGACAUUCUCGGCGCCCGUUCGACCUUCUCCAUUGAACCCGCUCACGCUAUUCCAAGACUACUUCCGACGUACGCAGCAAUUAACGAGCACGACAAGCGGAAUUUGGGUGCCGCCGGUUGCGCAGACCGCCACAAUUACGGCGACGGGCGGUCGUUCUGGCCAGCCGGUCGACGUUCAACCGAUUCUCGCCGCCACCGCCGGUGCUCACUUUGGAAACUAUGCGGCGAUUUAUGGAAGUCAAGAUUUCCAGCACGAGCUCAAGAAUCCGCUGUUCAACACUGCAACACCGGCGUUCGGCGGCGGCGGCGGAAUGGGAGGUGGAUUCGGCGGAUUGGGAUCGGCGCAUGCUUCAUCGUUCCAUCACACACCGUCGUUUAUGAACAAUCAAUCGGCGGCAUCGCAUAACGACGCGUCGUUUAGUGGAGUACCGAAUUAUGUGCAACAGCAAGAAAAUGGAAAAACUCGUUAUGCUUGCAAAGAAUGCAACAAGACGUUCGGACAACUGUCGAAUUUGAAGGUGCACGUCAGGACCCACACAGGAGAGCGGCCAUUCAAGUGUGAAGUGUGUGGCAAGGAGUUCACCCAAUUGGCGCAUCUUCAAAAACACCAUUUGGUGCACACUGGCGAACGGCCGCAUCGUUGCGAGAUCUGCGAUAAGCGCUUCUCGUCGACGUCGAAUUUGAAAACGCAUCUGCGGCUUCACAACGGCCAGAAGCCGUAUACGUGCGAUGUGUGCGACGCGAAAUUCACACAGUAUGUCCAUCUGAGGCUUCACAAGAGGCUUCAUGCCAACGAACGACCGUAUUGUUGCGGAACGUGCGGAAAGAAGUACAUCAGUCCGAGUGGAUUGAGAACGCAUUGGAAGUCGACGACGUGUAAAGAGGAAGACACAAAAGACGAUAUCAUGGAUGAAGGGGGGCCGUCGAAUUCGCAAAUGGACAACAAUGGCAUUAUCGAUAAUGGAUUGAAAUACAACCUGACGAAUCCACCAAGUCUUCUUGGUGCCAGCUUGGAUCCACAGCAACAACAAAUCCCCAACAACAAUCCAAUGAUGUACGCGCAAUUAUCGCAGAUGCACCACAUGAUGCCAUCGAAUUCGCAACAGCCACCCCCUCCACCACCACCGCCACCAUCGGUCCACCCUCAUUUCCAUAUGGACCCAAUGGUGUCGCAACACCAAAUGGUCCAACAAAUGGCACCGAACCCUCAACAACAACAGCAGCAGCAGCAGCAGCAGCAGCCUCAAAUGCUCGGCCAUGAUCCGACGAAUCCACUUCAUCAACCAUUACGGUUGCCAGAUCUCAAGAGCUCUAUCUUACCAACACUCGGGUUGCAGCAUUAUCAAUAA